CUCUCAUCUCAUGUGAGUCUUGUUUCUUUACUCUCACAACAAAGUCACAAGAACUUCACGAGAUGGAGACCACAGAGGAGGUAGUAGCUCCAGCUACGACUCAGCAACCGGCUACCGAAGUCGGCUCAGCCAAGCCUACUACUUCAACAUACAGCAAAAAGCAAAAGAAGCCAAAGGCGACGACGACGACGACGACGACAGACGGGACCACGCCAACUCACAAUGAACACGCCAGCGCCAAAGACCCGAGAAAAGCUCAGGAUGAUCAGGUUAUGGGCACAAACAACUCGUCCAUAGUCUCCAAACGCUCCGUCGAAAAACUCUACUACCCCAACGAGCCUCAUUUCUUCCGCUUCUUCGUCAAGAAAUUCCAGCGACGCGCGCCGCUGAUUAAUCGCGGUUAUCACUUUCGUUUGCACGUCAUCGAUGUGCUUGUUCGCAACUUCUUGCAAGAGCAAAGAACUGGAGACGCAAAGGGAAAAAGAAAAGUGGUGGUUAAUUUGGGUUGUGGAAGCGAUGUGCUGCCUUGGCAGUGUUUGGCUAGGUAUCCGGAUGCUUGUCGUUCUGGUGAGAAAGACGGGGCGAAGUUUGUGGAUGUCGAUUUCCCGGAUCUGAUUGAGCGGAAGAAGCGGACGGUUUUGGAGACGCCGGAACUUUUGGGGCCGUUGACGAACGUGGUGGUACCAGAGUUUGCUCCUGUGCCUAGUACUCCUGCGGCCACUACUACGGCUGCGGCUACAACUACCACAACGACGGAACUCAAAACCACGGCAGCAACCGCUUCAAGCACCUCGACCGAAGCCCCUCAAAAGCCCAAGAAAUCCCCCAAACCAAAGGACAAAUCCAAAGCCGCCCGCGCCCCGGCCCCCACCACCGCCCCUACGGGUAUCGUUUUCACCAGCGACCAAUACGUUCAAAUAGGCUGCGACCUGCGUGACCUAGCCACCCUUCAAGACUCCCUCACCAGAGCCGUCGGUGGCGAUCUCUCCUCCUGCACCUUCCUCUUCGUUGCCGAGGUCUCCAUCACCUACAUGGAGACACCGGGAGCCGACGCCGUCAUACAAUGGGCUUCCUCGCUAGGCGACUCCGAGUUUGUCCUUCUCGAGCAACUGCUACCUUCGGGGCCGACCCACCCGUUUGCCUCCACAAUGCUAUCGCAUUUUCAUAAACUCAACACCCCAAUCAAGAGCGUGGACGUGUACCCUACGGUAGCCUCGCAGGUGGAGCGUUUCCGCUCUCGGGGCUGGGGCAGCGGUGAUGUGCGCGUCUGGACGCUGUGGGAGGCGUGGGCAGAUGCCGAGGAUACUUUCGUCAAUGCGGCGGAGAGACGCAGGCUGGACGAGGUGGAGCCGUUCGAUGAGUGGGAGGAGUUUGCGCUUUUCGCGAGCCAUUAUUGUGUGGUGAGGGCCAGGACAGUGGCUAGGGACGGACAGAAUAAGAAGAAAGAGAGGGGGAUCCCGAACGGAAGGGAGUUGGGGUUGCCGGUUGAGAAGGUCAAGGUGAGGUGGGAUGAUGUCCCGGGGCAGAGAGGUCAGAGGAGGUUUGCGGCUGGGGCGGUGUUGACUUCUUCUUCUCCGAGUUCGGAAAAGAAAGAGGAGGUGAAACUGCUGAACGUUAUGGGGCUGGGGACGAAGAGCCGGUUGCAGAACUGCGAUGUUUACGGACGGAAGAAAGUGGGAGAUGCCGACGAGGCUGAUGGUACUGACGAAGAAAAGACGGCGGUGCCGUUCACUUUCCGUGAGGGCGGCCCUUCAACGAGGAUGUGUCACUCGCUGACAGAUUUCGGCACUGCCCAACUCCUCGUGGGAGGACGGGCAUCACCGUCCACGCCCCUCAAAGACUGCUGGCUGUUGGAGAAGACCAACGGCAGCGAGAGUGAAUGGGCAUGGAAACGCACCAAUGAUCUCCCGAUUCCGCUCUACAGACAUUCUGUCACGAGAUUGGGGAAGACAGACAUGGCGCUGCUUGCAGGUGGGAGGGGAGUUGCCGAUAUCUUCCCUGACUGGCUUCUAUAUGAGCCCAAACUUGGAUGGAUCAGAUGCGAGAUUGCCGGUGACGUCAAGCCGACUUCGGUGUAUGGCGCUACGCUUGCUUGCCUCCGUCAAGAGAGUGACUCGUUCUCUGGUGUGUUUACUGGCGGCUUGAGUGAUGAUGGCCUCAUUGCUGAUCAGCUUCUCGCAUGGAACCUGGACGUAUCCAACAGCAGCAGGCCGGUCGUCACUUUUGUUCCGCUACAGGUAAAGUCUGGUGAUGAUGGCCGCGAAGAGGCUCUCUCACGUCUACUUCUCACGAGGUUUGGCGCUUCUUGCCUGCCCCAAAGUCGGACCGACUUCUUGGUCUUUGGUGGUGUUAUCAAGGACCACCUUUUGGAUAUGGAAGACGAGAUCCUGCUAUGCUCACUCAAGGGCGACGGGGAACUCACAAUCACGCGACGACUCGUUCCCGAGGCCGCUAAUGCUAAGUCACCAUCGCACCCAGGCCCUUUGUUGUUGGUGGGAACUUCUCCAGUUGUCACGCCGGACGACGGCAGCUUGAUGAUCGUGGGCGGCGGAGCAACAUGCUUCUCCAUGGGAACCUUCUGGAACAAGGGUAUUUCGACUCUAGAACUGGCACUGCCAGCUGCGGUGGAGAAUGAAGCUUCACCCAUCCCCGCAUAUGGAUGGGUGCACGAGAAAACAGUCGACAUUAUCCCUGGUGAACCAAGGAGUCUUCCUCUCCGUAAUCAGGCACCCAACGGCGCUGAGGGGAACGCCAAUGGCAGCGUAAGCGUCCGCAUUCAACCCAUACCCCGGGUCAGGUUGGAAAAUGCUGAAGACUUCGCCAGGAUCGUACGUGAGGGUCGUCCGGUGGUUCUGGAGGGCCUAAAUCUGGGUGAUUGUGUGUCACAAUGGGGAAACGGUGACUACGUUGCGAAGAAGGUUGGGACAGACCGCAAGGUCGUGAUCCACGAGUCCACGACACCUGCAAUGGAUUUCACCACCAAGAACUUCCGCUACGUGACGACCGAGUUUGGCGACUUCAUGAGGCGCGUUGAGAAAGGUGACCGACUGUACUUGAGGGCGCUAUCGACCGACAAACCGACAGAAAAGCCAGCCGUUCUAAGUGACGACUUUCCCUCGUUGGCUACUGAUUUUGUGUUGCCGCCUGAGCUGGCCUUGGUAGGCGACAGACUGUUCAGCUCGGUCCUACGAGUAUCUGGGCCGGUCAACAUGUGGUUGCAUUACGAUGUCAUGGCCAAUGUGUACUGCCAAAUCGGCGGCUCGAAGCGCAUGAUUCUUUUCCCGCCGUCCGAUGUUGAGCAUCUCGGCUUUGCUCCCGGGGCAUCGAGUUCCAGUAUCGAUGUCUUUUCUACUCUUUUCGGGGAGUCGAGUGACUCGCGAUACUUGGCUCAAGUGACGCAUCCUCACGAGGCUGUCAUGACUCCAGGAGACGUCCUCUUCUUGCCCCCACUCUGGCUGCACACGGCGACUCCUACGUCGGAUAGCAGCAUUGCGGUGAACGUCUUCUUCCGCGAUCUCGAAGGCGGUUGCUAUGCAGCAGGGAAAGAUGUGUAUGGGAACAGAGAUCUGGCGGCCUAUGAAAAGGGCCGAACGGACUUGACUCGUAUUGCAAACAGCUUUCAGAAGCUGCCGGCUGAGGCGAGGGAGUUUUAUCUGUUGAGACUUGCAGACGAGCUUCGGAGGAAAGCCAAGGGAGCCCAGUAGCGGAAGAGUCGUCAGUCCCUUUUGCCAAUGUAAGCCCUCGAAUGCCCGGAUUGACGUUUUGGCCUGUUGUCCAAUACGUUGAUGGUACAAUACCGUAAAUACGUUCGUGUUACCGGUUGGACUUACAGCGUGGGUGUGAUACAAGCUGGCACACUAGUCCAUGUGCCUGUCGUUCGUAGGUACCUGAGUAACCAUGGCCUGCAUAUCAGAGAAACAGUUACCACCUAGCGAAAACUGCCUGGUCUCGUGCGUACUAUUGUCCGCCUCUCUCUUUGUAUAUUGCUACUCGAUACUGAUGAUAUUGAGAUGGAAUGGGGUGG